AUGGAGAUUGUGUACGUGUACACAAAGAAAAGAAGUGAAUUUGGACGACAGUGUAAUUUUUCUGAUCGUCAAGCUGAGCUUCACGUUGACAUUGCUCCAGAUGACAAGCUUCUCCAGGAUUAUAUUGAGAAAAAUCCGUGCGACACUGGCAUUCAAUGUGUUCAAGAAAUGUCUGAACACGAGGUAAGAAUCUCAAUGCAGUCACAGGUCCCCAAGUGAAUAAUAUGUAUUGUAGAUAAAAUCUGUUGUUAGUUUAAACCAGGUUUCAAUUUUGUUUGAUCCAGAGUUUUCUUUAUUUCCUAGCCUAGGAAUUAAAAAAUCCCGCAAAAUCAAACGAUUUUCCCGCGAAUUUUGACUUUUUUCCCGCGAAAUCGGCCGAUUUUUCCGUGAAUUUGCCCCUGAAAAUCCCGCGAAAUUUUGCUUUUUUUUCCACGAAAUAUCAGAAGCCCUGUGUGUAAUCUUAUGAGUACAAAAGCCUGAUGCUCAGAUUUCAAUGACAACAAUGGGCACACGAACAGAGGGUGGUCUGCCAAUGAUCAUAAUGAUACAUCAGAGUUAAAGCCUGAGGCCAUCUAAAUCUAUAUCUGAAUUGUCAUCCCUAUCUCUUAAUUAUUCUCUGAACCCAGACACAUCCCCAAAAAGUGAUGGAACCUCAGGAUCAAUUUAAAAAGAAGUCACCAUUGGUUUAGGGAAAUGUGAUCUCUCAUGCUCACUGGGAAGUCCCAACCCCAAGGUUCUCAUCACAUGUCAAACUUUGUGGAAAAGAUGGAAAAUGAUUGGUUUAUUGCCUGUCUAUAUGUAUGUCUCUAGGACAACAAAGGAACUAAAAAUAAUAAUCAGUGGGAGGAGGGAGAGAAAGAAUAUCAGCCGCCAUUUUAUGAGAGAUUCAGGUGCUGUCACACAGAGGUUGUUACGGAUGGUUCAGGGUUAAAAAAAUGUAAAUUUUACCAAUACAAAAUUGCCUCUAAGAUAUCCUGUGACUGUGGUCUAAUUUUUCACAUCAGGUGGUGUUCAUAACUUGUCACUUAAUUUAAUAAUAAUUGAUGAUAAUAAAUUAAUGUAUUACUGUAAACUAAACCACAACAAGUCUAACAAGGUUCCUUAUCUGUAAUAAUACCUGAAAUGCCUUGAGGGAAGUGGAUUGGAGUGGUUUGUGAAAAGCUGUACGUAAGAUAAAAAUGUUCAAAUGUUUAUAGAUGAAAUACAGCAUGGCCUGAGUUGCUCAUACAGUGUAGCUAUAAUUUUCACAGUCACUAACCUCAUGAAAAAAAAUGCAAUCAGAAAGGAAUAAACCAUGCCUGCCAAUAAAGCACAUCUCAGUUAAAAACAGUAGCUGGCAAGAGGCAAACUAUUUAGCACAACAGAUACAAGUGUUGCUUAUUAUUGAAUAACUGAUCAAGAAAGAAAAUGCCCUUAAUAUCAAUAAUAAUGGUAAAAAUGUGGACUUUUGUUUGCUUAAAACUUUAAGACAUGUGAAAACGUCAUGUCAGUCGGUUACUAACAGUGCAAUCUUUGUACUACACAACAGGUGAAUACUGAGAGAUUUGAAACAGAAAGUCGAGGUAUAAACCAUGUAGAGGGAGGAUGGCCCAAGGAUGUCAAUGCUGCUGAAGUAGAACAGACAAUCAGAUACAGAAAGAAAGUGGAAAAGGAUGAAAAUUACAUGAACACUAUACAGCAACUUUCAAGUGUAAGUGCAUAUAGUCCAUAUAUGACGUUGGUUUUACACUGCCAUUGACAGCUACAUAAUCUUGAUAAUAUUUUAUAAUAAUUAUUAAUUAUUAUUAAUAUUCAUGUCAGGCAGAUCAAACAAAUUUUUCACUGACUUUGUAACUCUGUUGCUUUGUUGCCCUUGAUUUCAUUUUCACUAAAUUGUCAAAUUGUUCAAAAAGUUUAGUUAUAGUUAAAGUGUGUGUAAAAACAAUGCGGGGCUGUCAAUAAGGGCUGGUAGCCGGCCAAAACCGCUGGCUAGCUGGCCACCCUGAGCCGGCUACUUUCAUUUCCUUCUACCAUAGCUGCUAAUAAAAAAUAAGCACCAUCAAAUAAAAUUGUAAAGCAUCCACUUCCCAGUUUUGAAUGACUUUGCAUGCAUAUUUAAACAGGGGGUGACAAGUUCGAACAGUGCGAUGUCGUGGAACGCCUGGGACAUUUCAAUGGCAGUUCCUAGUCUUGUGCGUUUUCUGAUGAAACAACAUGGCGUCUGCAGUGCAAAAUACCUCAUGAAAACCCCUGGAAACACUAUUUCUGAGACUCUAAAUUUCAAAAUGUCCCUAGAUGCCUUGGCCCUCAAGAACUUGUGCCUUUGGUGUGAGUUCCAAUGCGUCCUACGAUUCAUUAUCAGCCUGCUACUUAAAAGCUUGUUGACAGCCCUGACAAUGAAUAUAUGAAUUUCAUGUAUUGCAACUGCAGAAUGAAGAGGUACAUUGUUAUGCAAAGUAGAUGAUUGCAAAAGACACAACUUAUGCAGUUGCUAAAGGAAAGCCAAAAUUUUUUCAGGUUUUCUUUCCACAACUGAAGCUGUACAAAAAUACUUUUCUUUAUCUGUAACUGGAUAGGAGAGUCACCUGUUCUGGGUUCCUUCUUUUGCUUAAAUAGGUUAUGGAACAUUGCAUCAAGCAGAACAAUGCAAUUGACAUCUAUGAGGAGUACUUUGCUGAGAUUGACAUUGACACGUCGGGAGAGCCACCAUCUGCCAAAACCAUCAAUGUGUUCAGGUAACCCAUUGAAAAUAAUAAAGCACUUUUAACUUUGCAAUGUACAAUGACAAUGACAAUGACAAUGUACAUGUGUUACAGCAGUAUGUAAUUUCCUGGAUGAUUAGCAUGAAUAGUAGAGUAGACCUACUAUAACUUGACUCUGGUAUUUGUCUCAUGUGCGUAACUAUAUUAUUUCAUGGUGAAGUUGACGGCAGUCUAGAUGGGUGAUGAAGUUACCUGUUUCUACUAUUUAUAUCUACUGUAACCUGCCACUUAUGAGCUCUCCUCCUGCACUUAGAGGGUAUAACCCCCCUCCCCCUGGUGUAGGUCCAUCUAUACUAUAUGUACCUGUGAACAAAAAAUUCAUCCGAUUAAAAGUUCCCCUAGAUAUACAUAUAAGCCCCCUCUAGCUUGUGUUGAAAUGAAUUCAAUUUAUUAUGACGUUUUAAUGCCUAAUUAAAAACCAGAAAAUGCAAACCAUAUUUUGAUUAAGCACUGCCAUUUUUUUAGCUUGUUUCAAAGUUCUUUUUCUAGUCAGAUGUAUAAGCCCUUCCAUUAAUUUUAUAAGCCCUCCUAACCCCCUUAUGAAAUGACGUUACUAGAGUGUUGAUUUGCUUUUAGGGAUCCUAAUGAGAUGAAACGUACAGCUACCAGUCUGUCAUGGUACCCGGAAAGUUCUAGGAAGCUGGCUGUAGCUUAUUCCAUUUUAGAGUUUCAACAGUUUGCAGGAGAAACCUGCAUGGAUUCAUACAUCUGGGAUAUU